AUGGAUCAAAGUGCCCUGACUGUGUCCAGCCGUCAACCGAACCCGGCAAAUCGCGUUCCAAACCCUCCACAACCGCAACCGCAAAUGCAGCCGCCGCAUGUCGAAUCAAAAGCCAUUGUUUUCAAUGUCUCGGAUCACUACCAGGUGUUGGAAGUGGUGGGUCUGGGUGCGUAUGGCGUGGUGUGCCUGGCAAUACAUAAACCCACAGGCCAGCGGGUGGCCAUCAAGAAAAUCGAGCCGUUUGAGCGGCUGAUGCUUUGCUUGCGCACGUUGCGUGAGUUGAAACUUUUGAAACAUUUCAACCAUGAGAACAUCAUCAGUUUGCUCGCUUUGCAACGACCCAUGUCCUACGAUAGCUUCCGUGAAAUCUACUUGAUUCAGGAGCUCAUGGAAACAGACCUACACAAGGUGAUCCGUACCCAGAAACUCUCCGACGAUCAUAUCCAGUAUUUUGUGUACCAAUCGUUGCGUGCUUUGAAGGCUCUCCACUCGGCCAACGUGCUUCAUCGCGACCUCAAGCCAUCCAACCUCCUUUUAAAUGCAAACUGUGACUUGAAGCUCUGUGACUUUGGCUUGGCUCGCUCCAUUGCGUCUUCUGAAGACAACUUUGGUUUCAUGACCGAAUAUGUGGCUACCAGGUGGUAUAGAGCUCCAGAAAUCAUGCUCACAUUCCAGGAGUACACCACGGCUAUUGACGUGUGGAGUGUGGGAUGUAUUUUAGCUGAGAUGCUCAGCGGUAGACCGCUUUUCCCUGGAAGAGACUAUCACAACCAGUUGUGGCUAAUAAUGGAGGUCUUGGGAACUCCUACCAAAGACGAUUUCGAGAACAUCAGACUGAGACGCGCACGCGAGUACAUCAGUCUGCUUCCGCCAUGUCGCAAGGUUCCUUUUGAAGAACUUUUUGCCCAUGUGCCCAACCUCAAUCCCUUAGCAUUGGACCUCCUUGAGCGUCUUCUUGCAUUCAACCCCCUCAAAAGAAUCACCGUUGACGAGGCUUUGAAACAUCCCUACGUCAAAUUAUACCACGAUCCCAACGAUGAGCCCAACUGUCCUCCGAUUCCUGACGAUUUCUUCGAUUUCGACAAGAAGAAGGAUGAGUUGAGCGUUGAGGAUUUCAAGCAAAUGCUCUAUGAAGAGGUCAUGAAGCCGCUUUGA